GCCAGAGCCUCUCUCCAGACUGUGAGCCACCUCUGUGACAUCACACGACCAACAAAGACGAUGAUGACUGAAGCAGCCGGUUGCCCCACUACCAAGGCUCUAGAACGCGGUGGACAGUAUAAAUUGGGCACGCUCACUGUGCCCGAGGGCAUUUUGACCCAUGAGGACAGUGAUAAUAACCCUCUUGAGCACAAACUGCUUUUGAUGCUGGUGUAGCUCCACGGCUAUGGAGAGCACUGGUGAAAAACAAGAAGCCCAGCUGGGCCCACCUGUCGGAGAAGAGCCAGCCAGCAGGAGCCCAGGCGAUUGUUCACCUAACCCUCGUGCAGAGGCUUCAGGCAGGAGCGAAGAGCAAGCCGUGAGCCAAGCUCCAGGCUCCCAAGAUAACCUUCCACCAGAACAACAAACCCAGUGUGCAGCCAGUGUGGAAGAGGAGGACCUCGAGGGACUCCCCUUCCCGAGAAAGCUGUGGGCCACCGUGCAAGACGACGCCUUCAAGUCGCUGAGCUGGAACGAUGAGGGAGACGCCGUGAUCAUCGAGAAGGACCUCUUCCGGGCGGAGAUUCUUCAACCCGGAGGAGCGGGCACCUUUAAGACUAGCAGUCUGAAGAGUUUCACCCGCCAACUUAACCUGCAUGGGUUCAGCAAGAUACACCCAAAGGACUCUUCAAGCCACACGAGGACGAUCUACCGCAACUCUAGCUUCCAGCGAGAUAAGCCCGAGUUCCUGAACAACAUUCAGAAGAGAGGAAGCCUCGGGAACAGCACUGCGGCAGCCACCCGUGACCUGCCUACCAAGAGAAAGAAGCUGGCGGCAACGAGGCGCUCCCCACGACUCCAUCGCGAUGGUGGCCCGCAAGGCGACGACGAGCAGCCCCAGAGGGAAGAAGCCCCCAGGGCCCAGGACCCCAGCAGCAGCCAGCCCAUCGUGACCCCUAGUUUGGGGUCUACGACUAGUGCUGCUGGAAUGCCCCCCGAAAACUGUGUCCCUGAGGAACCCCAGGGCCCAGAGGGGGCGGGCACCUUGGGGAAUGUCCUAUUUGAGCCCCUGGCUACUGCCGGGACUGAAGGCUCAGGAGAAAUGGCCUCCAGGCCCCAGGAAUACUCGGAUUAUGGCUCUGUGAUGUCGUUGUAUAAUACUUGCUAUUCCAUCCUACUGGCUGCUCUACCAGCCAUGCCCCCCGACGAGCCAGAUCGCAACGAGGAGGAGGCAGAGGGCUCCUCAGAUUACACGUGUAAUCUCUGCGACCAGUUCAAAGAGAAUCCAGAGCACUAAACCCGCGGGCCACUGAGGAGCGGU